AUUGGAUGUCCAGGUUUUAUCCUGCAAAUGUAUUUCUGUUGAUCCAGACUACUGUCCUGAAAAAUCCACCAAGAAUCAACAUUCAACUCUGCAGUUAUUUACGGCUUUCAGACACUACUGAAUAUACUGAUAUGUAAGUACUUUGGGUCCGCUGUAAAUUGUACUUAUUCACGUGCUGCUCCAAACUUCUUGGACUUGGACAAACUCCUCUCUCCCAUCAUGAUGGUUUGAUGAUCUGAUGCAUCUCACUUAGUGGCGGACAUAGAAACACCAGACAGAUAUAGGUGUGUGAACUCUGUUGCUGUAGUUUCCAGAGUCUCCUUCAAUUUGACUUUGAACAAAAACGUUGAACUUGAACUUAAAAAAAAAAAAAAAAUCAACCAAAUGACUUUGAAGAGUCAUUACUUUCAGAAUCGCUGUUGUGUCUCUCUGCCAGUUUGUUGAACGCAAACCUCCCCCCGCCCCUGACACUUGUGGUUUUUGCUGCAGCUCAUAUAACCUGAGGGACGUGAAACUUGUCUGACAUUUCUGAGAAAGACAACUGAGUUACAUGAAGCCAGGUUGAAUACAUGGACUCACACACUGAAGAAUGAGCCUUCGAGACUUUCCACAAUACCUCAUGGAAACACUGAAAUGCAGGAGUUCACUACAUAAAUACAUUGUUGUGUUUAUUUUCCUUACAGCAGCCAGCAAAGGGUCAGCAUGUGAGGCUCCUUCCAGUCCUGAGUGCUUCAGAAGAAAGGCUGAUGAGACUGUUUACUUGUGUGAAUGGAGCAUGAAUACGACUGAGAGUGAUGUGACAUUUGUCCUUUACAUUGAUAAAGAAAAAAUUAGGAACAUUAAGCAGACCUGGUCUCAGGUCAACGAGGAGAAGCUCAUCAAAAAUCGAUCAGUUGACAUUUGGGUGGAAGCUCGCGUAGGAAACUCCAGCUGCACAUCGCCCAGGAGGUCUGUUGUACUCGGGGACACAGUUAAGUAUGCAGCGCCACAAAUAAUUUCCAUGUCCUGGUUAAAAAACGACCUCAGCUUAACAUGGAGGGCUGAAGGGGCGCAUCCAGCUUUAGCCGAGAUCCUGUUCCGACGAAAUGACGACCCCGCAGAAUCAUGGGAAAAAAGAACAACAAAUACCACCAGUUACAACUCCAAAUACAAUGCCACUGUUGAGAAUCUGUUGAAGGAUUCAGCUUACAAGGUUCAAAUCAGACAUCGGUCUACUCAUGCCCGAAACCCACUGUGGAGCGGCUGGUCAUUUGUGACUGUUCCUGCAGAGCUUGAACAAAAACCUGAAGUUACCAUGGCAAUACAACUUUUAAACGGCACUCGAAAGGUGACGUUAACGUGGAAGCCGAUGCCACAUGCAGCCGCAGCCAGUGGAGUGAAUUACAACUUGACCGACACACAGUCUUCUCAUGGAUGUCAUUGUCAUGAAAACAGAUAUCCCCAAAACACAUCUGAAAAUAGACACACCACUCAUGUCUCGUUCUCUGCAGUCAACAUCUCUGUUAUUGCCCAAAACGCAGCAGGGUAUUCUCCAACAGCAAUCGUACAAAUUCCAGCCGAAGUUGCUGCAGAUUUAAAAAUUUGUGACAAAACGUUACUGAAUGACACAUUACAUUGGAAAACUUGCCUUGAGUUGUACGAGCUUCAAGAUGGGGAUUCCAUGCCAAAAAAUGUGAUCACAUUAACGGGAAAGAAGAAGAAAAAAGCAAAGCAAAUAAGAAAGAAUAUAAAGGACUACGUUCGCUACCUUUACUUUGAACACAGAUGUGAUGGUGGGAAACCACAGACAGUUAAAAUGUGCAUCUUUUAUAAAAAGGAGGGUGUUCCGAGCAAAAAACCUCAGGACUUCAUUUCUUUUAGUGAAACACACACUUCUGUUAACUUGUCUUGGAAAGCGAUUCCCUUUGCAGACCAGAAAGGUUACCUCACGCACUACCGCCUCUGCAGCGUGACCAUCAGCUCACAGGAUGUGUUGAAAGCGUGCUUUAACAUAUCAGCCUUACUGAUGAAAUACCGUCUGGAAAACUUGGCACCGGGUGCUAAAUACAACAUCAGCCUGGCUGGAGUUACACGAGUGGGAGAAGGACCUGAAGCUACAGUAAUGAUCAACACGCUGCCAGAGAAGCCUGUGAAUGUGUGGUGGAGUCUUGGCUUGCUGUUUCUGUUCUUUUUCAUGACAACAAUGUGCACCUGUAUCUUUAAGAGAAUCAAAAGCAAGAUCCUCCCUCCUGUGCCGACACCUGUUAUUCCAGAUUUCAUCCCUUAUCAACCAGAGAGUCAGGAGUUACUGGAGAGAAAGGAGGAGGUGCAUGAGCUGACGCUGCACCAGCUACAUCCAGAGGGCAAGUCUGUCCCUGAGGACGCAGAGGAGACCGAUGUCCUCACAGGAGAGUGGGAUAGUGGCACUGACGAGGACGUGGAGAACAAGAGGGGUGAUUCAAGGAUGUCAAGAGGAUCCAGUGAUCAGUCUUUGGAUCCCGGCUCCACAGAUGAGGCACUGAGGAGCUCCAGAGAAGGAAAAAUGACGGAUCUCGAACAAGUGGACAAUGAGAUCGCCAUGCUGAUAUACAGGAAUGGUUUGGUCUUCGAUGUAAAGACGGACUCGCCUUAAUUUCUAUUUCUCUUGGCAACAGGACAAGAUUUUGGUAUCGGAAGCGUUUCUGUUUUCCGUUUGUAGUCCAAGUAGUAUUGACCAAUCAUGUUUAAGUGGGCUUUGGUUGCUGCAGGUAAACAGUGGAGAGCAAACGAGGCAGAACGCAUUGGCCGAAAUGCAAUCUUGGAACCCAUCAGCUAUCGUCUGACGACGAUUUAGCAGAUGUCCGUUUAUAGAGACGUCAUCUCUGAACUCCAACUCCAUUCUCACGUCUCAAGGUGCUAAACGGACCCAGCGCACGGAAAAGGAAGUCUUGGCCUGGAUAUCACAGAAAAAUGGUCCGUUGCCCCCAGUGGCUAAAUUAGAUCAGACCGAUGGGUUACGAGAUUGGACUGACCUCAAAAUAGAUUUAACUGGUUUUACUGCCUCAUAGCACAACAUAUCAAGGGUCGACAUAUUUGUUGACUUAUACUAAAGACUGGAAGAUAUCUUUUCUGGUCCUAACAGUUCCAUCUUUUUGAACAUAUAUGUCUUUUUGUAAUGUUAACUGAAAAAGGAUGCAUAUUUAUCUACUUAUGAUGAAAUGUAAAUAAAUGUUCAUGUAUGGUGA